AUGUCAGGUAAGUUUACCUUUUUUUUCCAAUAACCCACAAAAGUUUACUAACCUCAAGCUUUUCAAAAAAAAGUUCUUUAAAAAAUUAUAUAGAAGUUCAAAAAAAUAAAAAAACAAUCAAAAAAAUUAAUAGAACGUUUUUCCAAUCAACCAAAAAAAAUAAGGGGCUUUCUCUCGGGGUGGGGAAAAAAUGAAUAAUUUCCCAAGUAAUCUUUUUGUUUUCAGGUCGGCGACCGGUAGAAGGCAACGAAGAUGACGUUUCAGAGUUUGGGGCCCGUCGGGAGGUAUUUUUUUCCUUUUUCCUUUUCUAAAACUCAAUUUUUGCUUUCAGGGCUAGCGCAAACAUAGAAGACUAGGGAAGAAGCUUCACAACCUGCGAAAGGUAAAUUAUUUGACAUCAUAAGAAGAACUAACUAGGGGAUUACUGGGGCUCAGGUACGCGUAUCAAGUUGAAACUACGGUGGUAUGAAUAAAAGACUAGCGAAAAUUCAAACGGCGACUUUUCCGAUUUUUUCAUAUCGCUAGGGAACUUUCCGACGGCCACUUUUCCGACGAAUCAUUUUCCGACUUUUUUUUUCUCGAUAAACUCUUCAUUUUAAAUUUUCCUAUAUAAAGUAGGUAGUUGAUUCAUGAUACACAAAGAAAUAGAAGAAAAAAAAUGCUUAUAAAUGUUUUAUAAACCGAAAAAAAUAAUGGAAAAAAGUCGGAAAGUUCCCUAGCGAUACGAAAAAAUCGGAAAAGUCGCCGUUUGAAUUUUCGCUGGUCUUUUUUUCAUGCCACUGAAACUUCGGUGGCUUAUAGACUUGGGAAAGAGCUCUUGAAAACUAGAGAGAUUAUCUGCUAAACCACAAAGGCUUUUGAGAAAAAGCUUCUUGGAUAAACCCAGAAAGAGUCCUGUGCGCGCCUGAACCGUCCUCUCUCUCUCUCCGAGGCGGCUUGGUGCAGUGGUUAGAACGCAAGUCUUAUGAUUAACUUUUUUGAUUAGGUUCGAUUCCUGUCGAGGGCAAAUCUGUUUUGCGUUUUUCUUAACAACAAUAAACCUUUUAGAAGAUAUAAAAUUGUUUAACAAGCAUUUCUAUUGGUUCAAAUGCUUCUCAAAAAAAUUAUUCGAGUGAAUAAAAGUCUUUUGCAAAGCAACUACCUCCAUCUAGAGAAAAUUUUUCUUGAAUUUCUUCGAAAAUAUUAAACUAUAUUGAUGAAAAUUCUAAAUCUUUUCGAAUUUCGUAUCUUUACAAAGAGCUUUGUAUUCAAGAAAAAUGGAAAAAGAUUUCCGCUCAGGAAUCGAUCCUAUUCAAAAAGUCAAUCAUGAGACUGCACAGUGUUCCCAAACAGGCGGCAGAUGUGGUCAUUGGGCGUGGCUGUAUGCAAUGGGGGCGCGGCUUAUUGCAAUAGUGGCGCGACAUUGAGAGCCGAUUUUUGUGCAUUUACUGGAUGAAAACAUAGCGUUGAAUAGUGUUUUUCAAGGCCUCCUUGAACUUUUAUAAUAGUUUUAAUAUAGUCCAACGCACAAUGAACCUAUUGAAAAUGGAAUAUGAACGGAAUCGCUUUUGCCAAAAGAUUUAUCACACGAAAUGCCUUUUUUCAGGAGAAUUCUUCGCGUAAAGUCCUAAAACAUUUCUUGAAGGAAAAAACCCAUGACGGUUCUCUCAAAAAACGCAUUCUGAAUAUUCUGAAACGAAAAAAAAAUCAAUUAGCUUCGGCACAAAAAUUUAUAACUCAAAAAGUCAUUUUAGACAACAUAUGUUUAUUAAAACGUCAAAAAAAAAUUUUGAAAAAAAAGCUCUAGGCGUUUAUCUUGAGAAACUCAUUCUGAGCAUUUUAAAACAAAAACAUGAACCAAGUAGCUUCUGCAAAAAAAAAGUUACAAUUCAAAAUGUCAUUUUAGUCGAAAUUUCGGGACCACCUCGAUCAAAAAAUUGACUCAAGUACCUCUCAAACGCAUCCAACACGGUUAUAUUACACAACAGAAAGUAAAACGAUUCAAAAAUCUAAAAAAAUACGCGGGAAAAAAAAGGAAAAAACUAUAUUUAAACUGAAUGAAAUUUUGAUAGGUUGACACGCGCCGCACCGCGAUGCGUUAGAAUGAACUCGCGUUUUCGCCCCAUUGAGACGACCAUUGUUUUUCGCCUGCGCUCGCCUGUUUUUGAAACACUGUGGACUGGCCCUCUAACCACUGCGCCAGGCCACCUCGGUGAGAGAGGAAGGUUCAGGCGCGCACAGGACUCUUUCUGGGUUUAUCCAAGAAGCUUUUACUCGGAAGCCUAUGUGGUUUAGCAGAUAUUCUCUCUUGUUUCCAAGAGCUCCUACCUAACCUGGUAAGUCUAUAAGCCACCGUAGUUUCAACUUGAUACUCGUAGCCGAGCCUGAUUAGUUCCCUAGUUAGUAUUUUUCAAAAGUUGUUUUUCUGAUUGGCUGGUCACGCCCUUUUUUUGAGAUUCUAAAGCGGAACGAGCCAAUCAGAAAGUUGAAAAACUUGAUAUGAACGAACAAAAAGGCUGAAUGUGAAAUAAAUUUUUAGAAUUUUCUUCAAAUUAGAAUAAAUUCAAUAAUUUCGAUUCAAAAUGUCACUUUCAGAAAUGGAAAUAUAAUUUCUAAAUGAAUACUUUCCAGAGGUCGCUUGGCCAAGGUGAGACUGUUCCAUGGACGUCAAAGAGGACGAUGGAUUCAUCGAGGAUUUGAAGAGUACUUGAAACUGUUUCUUAGCUUGUGAUUUUCCAGAACAAGGAGUUGACGACUGUUGGUCGAGUUGGUCGCAACUUGUUGGUCAAGUUAACUCCACUAGUUCGACUACAGCAACGGAAAUAUCCUUUGAAAGGACGCUGGGUCAAAUUCCACCGUGGAGAAGUCGAUAGGCCUUUUGGUUAGUGAGUAGAUUUAGCGAAGAUGGUUUACGUAAUUAUAAACACUACUUUACUAAUCUCAGUAAUCAAAGAACGCCAAACGAGUAUUCCCUUAACUAACUUUAAAGAGAUUUCUACGCCUCCGAGAGGUUUUUCCCCUUCAGGGCUUUCUCAGUAAGUUUUUUUGGAAAGUUCACGUCCGGUUUGUAUCCAGUGGAGAGAGGCGGGCUGAGCCACAACACUCUUCCUAGCUGGGCUGCUGCAGGAGAAAGAAGGUGAACCGGCGGGCAAGAGCCACAACACGGUUUUCCGCAGUCGUCUGAGCAGCUUCGACAGAGAGACACGACGAAGCAACGCUGGCUGGGUCUGAGACCUUGCCCCUCGACGACUCUCGCUUAGUGAACACUUAAGUGUUCGAGGACUUGCAAUUCUAAAGCGUAAUUACGCGGUUUUUUUAUAUAACACGAACACGAUUUCUUUUCAAAUACCACUCUUUACUAACUUCCAACAAUUGAGUACGAAAACGGGCGGCUCACAACUGUGCAAGGGUUGAGGUUGAUCCCACGUUGAGAAACCUCAAACUUGGGUAAUUAAACCAACACGUUUUGUAAAAACAACGAGAAGUUAUUAACGCGUACUUAAUAGGAUAAAGGAGUGCUACUCGUUUGAAUAAGAAAUUAAUUUAACAAAGACGAGAUACAAAUGAAUAAAAUAGAUAAACGAAAACAAAUAAAAAGGUAACUAAUUAGAAAGAACAAUGAACUUGAAAGGAAUAGAAAAAUAUGGCGAGAAAGAAAAAGAUGACAAUAGAGAAGGGCUAAAAAGGGGGAAAAUUUGGCGCCUUUCUUUGACCCGUAGAUCACUGUCGCGGAAGAUCAACUAGUGGAAUCAAUGAUGAGGUUUCACGGCGUUUUUGUUAGUGGAAGAAAAGGCAAAGCCAAAAAUGAAGAGGGCGUGGUCAAAGCCUCCGUCGUUCCCAUGUGACGUCAUGAGAAAAAAGCGAAAACAACGGAAUAUUAAAGGCGCAUGAGACAAAUCAUUUUCUUAUUUUAAAAAACACAAUUUCUUGAUUUAUCAGGCUGUCCAAUAGUUCUUGUCCGAAAAUUUUCAAAACUUCAUAAUUUUCUUUAGAAGUGUUUAAAUAUCAGGCAAGUGUGAGAACCUUCUAGAAGGUUCUCCAGUGUUCCACGCUAGGGGCGGGCUUGUGCGAGGGCCGGCCCGUCACCCUCCCGGCCCCCCGACCAUUUCGUAAGCCCGGCCCGGCCCGGUCUUAGCGAUUCGGGCCGGGCGAGCCUCAAGGAAAAAUGGCCCGCCCGGCCCGAAUCGCGCAAUUUUUUUCCAGUCGGAUAUCAAGUUUUUUUUACGACAAAAAUUACGUUUUUGCUCAUUUUUUCUCUUAAAGUUUAACAAAAACUAUGAUUUCAGAAGUAAAAGUCACAUUUCGGUGAAAAUUUUUUAAAUGAAAUUUUAAAUUAUUUUUUUUUUGAAGCCCGGCCCGGCCCGAGCCCACGCGGGCUUUUUCCUGAAAAUGAGGCCCAAAGCCCGGGCCGCCCGACCUGUCGCACAAGCCUGGCUAGGGGUAUAUAAGGCGCAGUCGCAGCGUCUAGCUACCAGUAGAAGCUAAAAGGGACCAAGGUCAAAUUCGUACGUUCGUAUACUACGAGCUGCUGCUGAUCAACGACACGGGCAUCGCGGUCGCCAACAUCUGCAGAGCGUGCAAGGAGGAUGCAGUGUCUCAAUGCACAGUCAGGCGCUGGUUUAAUCGUUUCGAGAGCGGCGACACGAGCCUCGAGAACAGGGAGCCCAGCGAGAGGCCUUCUACAGUGGAUGAUGACGAAUUCCGUCGCUGUAUCAAGGAGAAGCCAGAAGUCAACAUCCGUGAACUGACGACGACGCUCGGCCGCACCAAGUUCACCAUCCACAAUCGACUCAACUCACCCGGCUACCACAAAGUUCUGCCCUGUUGGAUCCCGACCGUCUGA